AUGGCGCAGGCUGCGGCCGGGAAAGGGAUCCUGGGGGCGCCCUCUCCCUUGCCCAGUUUCACCCCAGGGCCAGCUCCGUCGCCCCGGCCCGCGGGCUGCGCGCUCUGCGGCUGUGAAAACCCGGAGAGGCGGAUCGGAGCGCGCUCGCAGCCAACUCCUCCGCGGUCCGGCAGCCGAGCUGGGCAUGCUCAGUGCGGCCGCCGCGCCGCCGUCCGCCAACUCGGAAGCUCGCGCUCCCGGGCCGUGGGGGCGAGAACGCCGGCGGCGGCGAGCCGGCGUCGCCAGCCGCCCCCAGACAGUGGCAAACUUCGCGGCGUCCCUGGAGCUCUCCUGGCCGAGACCGAUACCUUACAAAUCAGAUCAAAGCCAGUCCUCCCCCCAUCCCAGCCCGAAUCAUGGAGGCUGCGGCCGCCCAAGUGCCGCCGCUGUCGGCGGCCCCUGCCCACUAGCCGGGGACCAACAGGUAAACUGUUGGGGGCGGGGGUUGGGAGGGAGGAGGAGCUGCGGCUGGGAAGAGGGCGGCUGGCAGGAGGAGCUCGAGACGCCCGCGGACUAGCUGCCCCCGUCGGCUCUCGCUGCCAAUCCUCAACCCCCCUCCUUCCCCAGCCCCUGGAGGGGCAGCAAAGGGUUAAGUCGGCCCCGAGCCACCGUGAGCACGGCCCCCUCCAGCCGCCGCGACCGCCAGCAGUGCGCCUCGGCGCCUUCCCAGAGCCGCCGAGGGGACCCGAGCCGCGGAUGCGCCACCGGAGCCCUGUGGGCGUCUAG